AUGAAUAAAGGGUGCAUGAACACCGUUUUUGCUCUUUUAGUCUUAUUUGCAUAUGCUAGCAAUAAGACACUUGCAAACGAAUUUAGAGGAAAUACUAUUUCAACCGAAACUAUUGAUGAUGGUGUUACAAUAUCUGUAAUAACUGAAUACAAUGUUACUUCAGGCAAAGGUAAUGGAUGCAACAAUACUUCAACCGAUCCUAUUAAAUAUAAUAUUACUCCACGCGGAUCUUCUUUACUCAAAAUCGCUCAACAAAUAGCUGCUUUAAACAAAGAGAUGCAAGCAAAGUCUUCUUCAAAGAAACCUGGCAAUUCCCCUGUGACCAAUAUUCGUUCGAAUAAAAGUGAUGAGGAACCCACGAGUCUAUUAUGUGAAGACCAUGAAGAAAUUGAAAAAGCAAAAAAAAACGUGAACGAAGCUGUAAUACUGUUACAAAAGCUUGCUGCGAGUACAAACGGCUACACUAUUGACAUUCAACAAAACCCCGACGCAAUUAAAUAUUCUAAGAAAUUUGGAAAUAUAGAUAUUGGAAAGCUUAAUGUUAAAAUUCCAUUUACCGAUAAUUAUAAUGAUAUAAUAAACAUGUUAUGGAACCCAAAUGGCAUCCAAAAAUUUGAUGGCAGCCUUAUUCAUAGAAAAGUUGUUCGUGUAUACAACCCAAAUUUAAUCAUAAUGGAACAAAGUAGGAUAUCUCGUACUCAAUCAUCCCCCCAAAAAAGAUAUGCUUUAGCCGCACGCGUUAAAGUGUCAGAUGACGCAACUGUAAUUCUUUGUCCUUCAACAACUAUGAAUCAUCUCAAUGAUAGCGAUGAAGAAAUUAAUAUGAAAGAAAUGUUAAAUAAUGCAAAACCAAUCGAAACUGACAUUGAUGCCGAGGAAGCGUUAAUGAAAUUGGGUAAUAACAUAUCCGGAUUUAUAAUUAAAAAAGACGACGACGAAGAUGAAGUUGAUGUUACUUAUAUCAACUCUAUUUAUGAUAAUGGAUGUGUUUCCGAUAUUUUCCGCAAUAAAAAAGAAAGAAUUAAAAAAUAUUCAUUUAUUAUAGGUCUUGAAAAUAGUUUAUAG